AUGGGCCGACGGCGAAACCGACAGCGCAGUUCAACCGCACCCGAUAACGAGCUGAAGAACUCUUCAUCCACCGAUUCCCCAACGGCCAGACGUGCUGACAUGUCAGACGGUAAGAAGACUCGCUCCAAGCACAAACGCAACAAGAAGAAGGACAGUACCAGUUAUGAUACCUAUGAACCACCAGUUAAGGACUGGGAGUCAAGUUUCGUGGAGAUGCCCAAGGACCUGUACCAAGCCCACUUGAGACCCGGCGUCAUAUUCAGGAUUCACAUGGCAGAAGCUAUACUUAAAAUGCAGUAUAGGAACUACGGCGAAGAUAAAGACGAAUCGGUGAUCGAAGCGGACGUGGAGUACCUGCGUCUGACACGGAAGGUGAUAAAUGACGAGAUCACCAAGUUCGAGGACCUGAAGUGGCUGGUGGGAUGGUUCGGGAACCGCUCCGAACUGAUUCAGGAGCACAUGUGCAACACGCGGUACUUUACUGUCGGUAUUCCACCAACGUUGUUCACUCACCCAGAAGAGUACAUGAAGCGCGCGUGCUUAUUCGACAACGUGUACCUCGACCACGUGCCAUACGUGGUAGGCGAGGAUGGAUCGCUAAUGGCAGCUGUGGCGCCCCCCGUCCUACAUUGUGAUGCUGCCACGUGCACGUCAGUACCCUUCAUAGACAGUAUGAUGUUUGAGGAGAAACUCGCACGCAGCAACGUGCGCACAGUGACGCGUUGUCAAGCAAGCUGUCGCGCGCAUUGCCGCAACGACCCCGACUGCCUCAAGCGGUGUUCCGACCGCUGCCUCCGAGCUGAAUGA